AUGUCCAAUCCAUGGACUGAAUUAUUGAAGAAGAUAGACGAUCGAGCUGUCCCCCGGUAUAAGAAGGUGAUCAUCGUAUGUGCUCCAAAUGUUGAGUCAUCAAGGCAGUUUGAAGCUCGCUUCCUCCCUACUGGCGUCCAAACUCUCAAUGAAACACUGAAUGUCUUAGGUUUUGACGCUAUUAGUUUAGAGAUACGGACAUCGAACGGAAGGCUUGAACAUUUCCUGGAUUUGGAUGUUUACACGAUUCCUUUCCCAGUCAAAAGUCAAUCGAUAGAAUACCUCAGAGCAUUCGUGAAAUUAGAGGACCACCAGAACUGCGACAUACAUUACUUUUUUCUCCUUGACUGGUCUAUGUCUAAUCAAAGAACAUGGUUACGCCAAUUGAACUCCUCAGUCCAAUUAUUACAGGACGCAGGUUCUUACGUAUCUCAAGGAUCUAUUACUGUUUGCUGUAUGAAUACCGAGCACAUAUAUACAUGGCAAAAGAACACAGCUCAAUGGCUUCCACGGCAUGUAGAAUUUGUACAGCAAAGCGUGAGAUCAUUUUGCCUGUUGAAGGAGUGUACCUUACUUUAUCGCACAAGUCUAGCGAAUUCGGAGAAAGAAGAGACCGACCAAACUGUUUUCGUUGAUAUUGUAAGUGGAGAUUUCAGUAAUAUAAUGGCAGAUCUAGUCAAUCCCUCCAAGUUGCUCAUUCCCUUUGGAUCUGAUUCAAUUGGACUUAUAAAGACCGUCUGUGAUUCAUUCGAUCCCAUUCGAGUUUUAGAAGAGGAGUUCAUUCGUAAAAAAUUUGAAACAUUGGUUCCCACUUUGGAUGAUUCCUCACUACGAGACGAAGCUCCUUCUAACUUGGACCUACUUACUCCAUACAAGGUUGAUAUUCAGCAGGAACUAGCUAAAAUAUACCACAAAGUUCAAGCACAGAAAGCCGCUGACAAUGUGUGA